AUGACUGCGCUCGUUGCGCGCCAACCGCUCCAGCCCCUACCAAUGUCAGCAACACAGAGGCCAAGCCGGAGACUGAGUGCGCGAGUUCAAGAAAAAGAUGACGCGCCCACCUCCACCACUUCGGUGCAAAUCAAUGGUAAUACGAAGAUGGUGGGCGGCACAUCCCACACGUCGCGAAGCCAAGGGGCAAGAGGUGGAAAUGAAAGGAAGCGCAAAAUUGGUGAGCCAACUCAACAGACCUGGGGCGAGGGAAAUGAGUCUAACGCACUACCAGAUUACGAUGAGGAGGAUGAUGGUUUCAUGUUUAGACGCGUCAAAUCGAAACCCGACUUGAAGCCGAUGACCGAGGAACAGCAUGACCAUGCUUCUGAACAAGGUGAACCUAAAAGAAAGUUGACAGAGGAGCCUAAAGUCCAGAAGAACAAAGAACAACUUGUGCAACGCCAACAGCCUACGAAAAGGGUAAACAGAUUAUCAUUCUCAACACCCGAUCGGAAUGAACAGACCGCAGUUCGACGGUCGAAACGACUCUCGGGAGAUAAGGCGAGGCAUGCCAGUAGUCCCUCGGCUUCAGCGCAUCCCAAGGAAAGGCGGAAAUCGAAAGAGGGGCGGGCAGAAAGACCGCGCGACCGCCCAUCCAAGGAACUCCCGACGCAGAGCAAGCCGCAGCAUUCUCAGAAAUCGCCCGACAGAGCCCAAACGACAGGAUCCACAGAAUCUCAGGCUUACGCCGAAAACAACAAUAUCGAGACAGUUGAUCCAGGUGGAUCUAGUCAAGCACUCGGUGAGGACCAAAACACGAAUACGUCUAUACCCCAGGAGAAUCAUUCAGCAACCAAGAUUUCGUUGCCAUUUGCCGAUACCCCAGUCAUAAAGCGCAACAAAGCCAUGCGUGAAGGGAAAUCAGGGAAGGGUGAGCGACGAAGUAGUUUGGGUCUUCGCGGGCGGAGAGCUAGUUCACUCAUCGAGAGCGGGAAUUCCAACGCUCUUCCACAUAAGGAAGUGGAGAUCCCGGAUUUUUACAAGCAUAUCGAAAGCGAAGGGCUUCCGGAACCACGGCGAAUGAGACAACUUCUGACCUGGUGCGCAACCCGUGCACUGGACGAGAAGCCUAUUGGGACGGACUUUGAGGACUCUAGUGCGCGAUCUGCAGCGCGAGUGAUCCAAGAAGAACUGCUGAAAGAUCUUUCCACCGAAUCAAAACUGUCAGACUGGUUCACGAGGGAAGAUGAGCCGGUGCAGAAGAAACCACUGCCAGAGCGGCCCAAUCCCAGAAAUCUCCAGAACAUGGAGAAAAUCGCCGAGCUGGAAGAGCAGAUCAAGCGGCUCCGAUCAGAAAAGGAAGCCUUGGAGAAUCUUCUUCGGCCUUCUCCAUUAUCCAGCACAGAUCAAAUCCAGGAGUCGAUCAAAUCCAACGACGGCAAUUUAGACCAAAGGCUGUUGUCAGAGUCGGAUGUUAUAGCACUUGAUAGCGUCCCACCUCUCCCUUCAACAUCUCCUGAUCAGAUAUCGAAACGCCUGAAUGGGCUGUACGAUUCACUAGGUCCCACGAUCGACCAAUUCGCCGACGGGGUCCAUACAAUAGGGCAAUAUCGCCAAGCAGCAGAUAAUGUCGCAAGUAGAGCCUUGGCCAUAUGUGCGGAAAGGCUUUUGCAACGAGAGAAAGAGGGCAGGAAGAAGGCUCUGCCCGACGCACAAGGCACACCUCCCAAGGAUCUGGGUGGUGUAUUGCGCAGUUUGAGCCGAGCAGAAAGAUGA